GGGGAAUUCGAUAAUCGCAUAGAUGAUAUCUAGCAGUGGAUUGAAUCAGUCGAGAUUAACCCUUUGGAGUUAUUUCGUAGACAUAUUGCAUACUUAAUAUAGUCUUUUCUCUUCGUGGAAUCUUUGUUGAUCAAGACAAAUUUCAGUGAUCUCGGUAUACAGCUUUUCUUCACGAUAUGGAGUUCUUAACGAUCGACAGCGAAAGCGAAGUCGAGAUGUCACAGAUGAAUGAAGACGAGACAUUGAUUGAAAAUGUUGUGUUAUUUAAUAUAUCUUCUAAACGCAUGAUUAGAUCCAAUUCGGUAAUAGAUUCAAGCAUUAGAGAUUUGUUUGCAGAUCAUGCAGACAUUGCGGCUCCAUGCCGACUCCGAAGCCAAUCUCUAUCUACUUCAGACUAUUACACAUCAUCAGAAGAAGAUCAAAUGCAAAAUUUGGACAAACUGGAUAUCGCGAUACCGGAAAUGUACGAAAUACGUGCAGAGAAAUCAGAUGCAAUCGACGCCAAUAUUUUCGCAGAUCAAAAAAUAGUCGAUGAUGAUUAUUUGAUUGAUAAACAACCUUCAACAUCUACCAUCUUUAUGCCAGUACCGAUAGAUGCUGAUCGCUAUAACAUGAAUCAUAAAAAUCGCGGCAAAUGCAUAAUCUUCAAUCAUGAAGAAUUUGACUCGGUUGAGAAACGACAAGGUUCAACAACAGACGUGAUGAGAUUGAAAAAGAGUUUUGGCAGACUCGGAUUCGAUAUUGAAAUUGAAAAUGACUUAAGUCACACAGAAGUUAUGAACAAAAUAGAGAAACUGAGGCAAUAUGACCACACAAAUAACGAUUGCCUUUGCAUUAUCGUGCUAACUCAUGGACUGCAAAACGAUUUGAUAUGGGCGAAAGACGUCGCCUACAAGUCUGAGAAGAUCUGGAAGCCAUUUACUGCCGAUAAAUGUACAACACUUGCAGGAAAACCAAAAUUGUUCUUCUUUCAAGCUUGCAGAGGUGAUCAGGUUGAUAGCGGUGUAGUACUGUCCCCACGCAAUUCGACACCAUUGGAGGCAACAGAUACCAUAACAUCUUAUAAGAUUCCUACGCAUGCAGAUUUUCUAAUAGCUCAUAGUUCGGUUCAAGAUUUUUACACUUGGAGGAAUCCUGUGGAAGGCACUUGGUAUAUCCAAUGCUUAUGUAAAAUUUUGGAUGAAUACGGAACAGAGAUGGAUUUAAUAAGCAUGCUAACAUUAACAGCACGGAAAGUCGCCACUGAUUUCGCCUCCAAUAAUCCCAAAGAUGAGACAAUGCAUGGUAUGAAGCAAGUACCAUCAGUGACAUCGAUGUUGAUCAGAUCGAUUUACUUUCCACCAAAAUCGAAUGAACAAAUGACUAAAGUAGCAUAAAAUUUCAGACCACGAAAAAUGUUCUAGAAAGAUCUUAAUAAACUAGGAGAGAGAAAGAGAGAGAGAGAUUGUGUGUGUGUGUAUG